UUAUAUCUACCUAAACAGAAACAUGCAGCAGAUGCAAGCAUUUUCUCUUGUAUAUUUUUUUUUGCAUUUCUCCAAUUGAAUUGGAACCACCAUUCCAAUCCAACAUUCACAUACCCCAUCCAUCAUUCUGUACACUUACCAUUCUAAAUACCAUCCCUCAAAAACCAUAAAAUUCAAAUUGGAUCACAAUAUAACCAAAUAAAAAUAAAAAUGAAGGCUAGUCCUUCAAAUGAUAACCAUGCUCUACACACCCCAUUGCUGGAAAGUAAACAAAAAUCAUCAAAGUUUAUCUUUGUGACAUUUGGUUCCAUUGUAUUUCUAAUGUCAAUGGUUGCACUUGCAUUGACAAUAAACCAAAUCCAAAAUUCCUUGGAAAGUAUUGAAAUUACUCCUCUUACUAACAUUUCUUCAAGUGAAAAAUUGCCUAGAGGGGUUGCUCAAGGGGUUUCAGCCAAGUCAAAUCCAUCUCAUUUCAAUGAAGUUUCAUAUAAUUGGACAAAAGAUAUGUUUUCUUGGCAAAGAACAGCUUUCCACUUUCAACCCCAAAAUAAUUGGAUGAAUGAUCCCAGCGGUCCAUUGUUUCACAUGGGAUGGUACCAUUUAUUUUACCAAUACAAUCCUGAUUCAGCUGUGUGGGGAAACAUUUCAUGGGGUCAUGCUGUAUCAUCGGACAUGAUUCAUUGGCUUUACCUUCCCAUUGCCAUGGAACCCGACAAAUGGUUCGAUAUUAACGGUGUAUGGACCGGAUCCGCCACGCUUUUGCCAGAUGGCGAAGUCAUAAUGCUUUACACAGGCGAUACAGACAACUAUGUGCAAGUGCAAAAUCUUGCUCAUCCGGCCAACUUAUCUGACCCCCUUCUCCUUGAUUGGGUUAAAUAUGCAAAUAACCCAAUCUUAGAGCCCCCACCUGGCAUUGGUUCAAAGGAUUUCCGCGAUCCAACCACUGGUUGGAUCGGGCCAGAUGGAAAAUGGAGAGUCCUAAUUGGAUCAAAGAAAGGACAAACAGGUCUUUCAUUGGUUUACAAAACCACAAAUUUUAUAAAUUUUGAACUAAAUGAUAACUACUUACAUGCGGUUCCGGGUACGGGUAUGUGGGAAUGUGUGGAUUUUUACCCGGUUUCUAUAAACGGGUCAAAUGGUUUGGACACAUCAGUAAAUGGACCACAUGUUAAGCAUGUGUUAAAGGCUAGUUUGGAUGAUACAAGAGUGGAUAGUUAUGCAAUUGGGACUUAUUUUAUUGAAAAUGAUACAUGGAUUCCUGAUAACCCACUUGAGGAUGUGGGUAUUGGGUUGCUUUUGGACUAUGGAAUAUACUAUGCUUCAAAGACUUUCUAUGAUCAAGUGAAAAAAAGAAGGAUUUUGUGGGGAUGGAUUAAUGAGACUGAUGCUGAAAGUGAUGACUUGGAAAAAGGUUGGGCAUCUCUUCAGACAAUUCCAAGAACAGUGCUUUUUGAUCAGAAGACUGGAACUAAUUUGCUUCAAUGGCCAGUAGAAGAAGUAGAAAGCUUAAGACUGAGUAGUGAUGAAUAUGCAGAAGUAGUUGUUACACCUGGCUCUGUUGUUCCAUUGAACAUUACUCAAGCAACACAGUUGGACAUAUUUGCUGAAUUUGAGAUUGAAUCAUUGACAUCUAAAGAAAAUAUUAGCAAUGACAAUAUAGAUUGUGGAAGAGGUUCUAUAGAUAGAAGUGAUUUUGGACCAUUUGGUAUUCUAGCAAUUGCACAUGACACACUUUCAGAACAAACUCCAAUAUAUUUCCGCCUCUCUAAUACUAGUCUUGGUAGUUCAACAAAUUUAUUUUGUGUUGAUGGAACAAGAUCAUCAAAGGCUCCUGAUGUUGAAAAACGGGUUUAUGGUAGCAAAGUUCCAGUUUUCAGUGAUGAAAAACUAUCAAUGAGGGUCUUGGUUGACCAUUCAAUUAUUGAGAGCUUUGCUCAAGGAGGAAGAGUUGUGAUCUCAGGUAGAGUUUAUCCAACAGAAGCAAUAUAUGGAGCUGCAAAAUUAUUUCUAUUUAACAAUGCAACUAACAUAAACAUCAAAGUCUCCCUCAAGAUUUGGCAUUUGAACUCUGCUUUUAUACGCCCAUUUCCCUUUGAUCAAAGUCAAUGAAAAGUGCAAAAACUUAAUGAAGCUCAUAAAUUGUUAGUGAAUCAUCCUUCAUCUAGUUGGUGUCAUUCACUUUGAUUUCGGAUUUUUUUUUAGUAGUAAUACGAUUUCUCUUAAAUUUUUUUAAAAAUCACGGAUAAUUGUGGCUAAUGUGAUCAUAUAUUGGUCUCCAAUGAAUACGAGACUUGUAAACUUUGAAGUACCGAGUAUGAUUUGUACUCGUAAUAAAAAGUACAUUGUUUUUUUUUUUUGAAGGAAUAAAAA